GGGGUUUAGAGCAUCAUUUUAGUUGUGAUUAGUAUCACACAAAACUUCAAAUUUCCUUGAUAAUCCAUUAAAUUUGUAUCUUAUACAUUCAAUGGAUUCUAAUGUGGCCGCACAAACUGUAUCGGAAAACUUUUAUUUACGCACGCGCUUGCGUCAGAUGGAGAACGAAGAUCGAAAGCCAGAAACUUUCAAUCAAGUAAAUUUUGUCAAUACUAAGGAGUUGGAUAAGCUCAAACGACGCAAUGCAGCGCUACAUUCUAGCAUCACAGAUCUGGAAAAAGAAUUGGUACUCCUUAAGGUUGUUAAUGUGACUGAACUUUGCCAUGAGUAUCUGCAUCUGGACCAGCGCAGGUCUUAUUUGAAUAACGAAAAUAUUAGUCUGCGCAAUAUUUUGUUGAAUCAAAAGUUUGAUGUCAAAAAGGCCACAGAUGCAAUGAAUCUUUGCCAGGAGAAACGUCGCCUAAACGAUGAGCAAAACGUAUUGUUGAGGUUGGACAUCGAAAUGUUUCGCAAGAGGCGGAAAAGUAUCUUACAGGAAGUACAUGAUCUGUCUCAAAAGGAAAAACGUCUCGAGUCGACGCUACAUUUUUUUUCCACAUCCAGCGAAGAAAUUAAAAAGGAGAUACAAAAGACUACGCAUGACAAUUUGAAGAAGGACCAAAAGAUUGAAAAAUUAACGCACGACUUGAUGUUAUUAGGAAAAGGGGAAAUCAGUUGUGAGGAAAGUGAGGGGGAUGAAGAUAUUGAAGGCCUUCGAAAUGAAUAUGUCUAUUUGAAAGAACAACUUCAGGUAUUGAAAAAGUAGUGGUUUAUUUUUAGAUAAUUUUGCCCGUGACUCAUGUACUAUGUUAGUUAAAAUUAAGGUGUGAAUAUUCAGAGUUUUUGCUUCAAAAAUACCUUUGAUUACAAUGUAGAUUACAUAUUCUACUCUUAGCAAAAUUUGUUAUUGCUAUGUACUUUAAA